CCGCCUUGUUUCCCUCCAUCUCUGCUGAUCCUUCAGUGCUCAGACGUUGUGCUAAGGUGCGGAUCCGAGUCCGGCUCUUGGGGAAAAUUGAGGAAAGGCAGACGACAUCCACCUUCAAAAGACAGUAUAAGCGUAUUUAAACCGAGACAGCAGACAUUUCACCAUCUUUGUGCGGUUGUUUCGAAACUACAGUAAAAUGGAUCCAAUGACUCAGUCCACCCAGAUAUCAUCGUCGCAAGGGUUUGCUGAUGGACAAAAUUCUGCUGCCAAAGAAUCAAAGCUGUCUGAUUCCUUUCUUUCCUCUUCGCCUGUAUCUCUCAUUCAGUCUCCUCAAGACAAAAGAGUGGUCCUGGGCUCCGACAAGCCCUGUGAUGGUGUAGCAACAUCUCUUCGCUUUCCUUCUCAACCUGGCUCAUUCAGCCCUGGCAAUUAUGGGAGUGAAGCAGGGCCACCAGAUGGACAACCGGAUUCACCCAUAAAGACGUCUCCUGUUUCAGAGCGUAUAAAAGCACUGGAAGCUCUUGCUGCCAAAAAGAAGGAACCUGAUUUUAGAAGCGAUGGAGGUUUCUCUCACUUCAGAGACCGCCACCAUGAAAAAUCUCCCACCGAGACCCCAAAGUCUCCCACCGAGACCCCAAAAUCUCCCACUGAAAAAAUUACGGCAACCAUCCAAAAAAAAGGAGGCUCUCCUGAUCAGGAGUCACCAGACUCUCCUUUUGAAGUACUUGGAGAUUUAAGACAAGUGGGUGAAUUUGAAGAAACGGAAGAGUGGAUGAAGGCACAUUUACCUCCUGUGCCAGACUUUGCUUCUGUAGAUCUAAUUAAAGGCCCCCUGAUGUCAGACAAUGUUCCAUCAAAGGAGAAGGAGACUAAUAUAGUUAUACCUGAUGCUCCUGCUGCCUUUGCUGGUGUCCCUGAUGCUUUUAUGGAUUCUCCUAUUGAAGCUCCAAAACUGAUGGAUGACCUAAGUGAUGUACAGAAGCAGCCAAGUGUAGAGGAGGACUCAGAGUUUGACCUUAGCUUUUUGCCAACAGCCUACAUGUGGGAUCAGCAGGAGAAAUCAGGUGCCCACUCUCCAUCAAAUUGCAGUUCAGUGCUUCCAGCUUCACCUGCACCUCCUGCAGGCUUUGACUCCCCUUCUCCUGCUGUCCCACCAGCUGGCACAGAUGCCAAACAGAAUGUAUUGGAUGACAAGAAGCCCACUUGGACUGGAGAUCUUGAGCCCCCUGAGGCAAGUGAAGCGGACAGUUCAGGAGAGUCAGAUGAUACGGUCAUUGAGGAUGGUGUCUCAGUUCCCCCAUCUUCUGAUCCUGCAGCUUCAAAUGAUCCAAUCACAACCCCUGCUUCCACAGCUCAGAAUCUUCCUUCUGAGGACAAGGUGACCCCUCCACCAAAGUCUGAGAGGAAGCUAAUGCAGGUUCCAACAAUUAAUGUUAUUGAAACUGAUGAGCCAAAUUACAGUGAUGAAGAGAUGGAAAUGGAGCUUGAAGCAGAGGAAGAUGAGGAUUAUGAAGUAGUAAAAGACCCAGCCAAAGAGGCUCAAAUUACCCCAGAAACAGAGACCAUUGAUGGUAAAAAUGAGCCACCCAAACCACGUCCCUUAGAAACUGAAUUCAUGGAAGGCUACUCUCCUCCAUCUUCACCAGUGGACUCUGAUGCUGAAUACUCUCCCAAACACAAGAUACUUAAAACUCUUCCUGAAACAUCAACAUCAGAGGCCCCACUCAAUCAAACUGAUACAAAAGACUUCGCAUCUGAUUAUUCCCAAGCACAAGCCGAAAAAUCACAGACUUCUUCCUCCCCUUUCAUAAUCACAAAUGAAGAGGUAGACUUCCCAGACAAUGAUGAUGAGUGGUCAGAUGAAGCACAAGAUAUCCUGGUCAAAUCUUGCAAGACUGAUCUUGCAUUUGUGGAACAAACUUCGUACUCCGAAUCCAAAAUGGAUGAAAAAAGCAACACAGCUGUAAAAGGGGCUCAUAUGGAGGAGGCUUUGCUUUCUAAAACCAGCUUCAUGCAAGAUGAUAUCUAUGACAGACAAUCCUUUGAUUAUGAUUAUGAUGCAUCCACUCCCUUGGAUGACAUAGAUGACAAAGGGCUAAGCAAUGCUAAGGAACGAUUUCUUUCUGAUCCAUCUCAAAUCCAUGUUGAAACACUGAAUGCAAGUACUGCACCAAAUGAUACCCUUGUUGAAUGUCAAAAUCUGGAAGAUGUCACCUCAGUGAAUGAUGAUGAAGCUUUCCCCAAACCAGUUGGUCAGCCAUGUCUAAGAGAUUAUCCCCAAGACCCGUACUCCUCUUUCCAAAAUGAGAAACUAGGAAGCAUCAGUGACCAAGAUUUGAAUAAGAAAAUGACCACCGCCACUGUUACAGAUAACAUGGCAAAUGGCAAGUCCCUCCUGGGACAGAAAAUGGGCUCAAAUAGCCAGCAGGACACAACAAGCAUCCCAGAAAGUGUCAGCCCUGGCACCUCAGUUUCUGAGCCUACUGAUAGCUUUGUGGACUUCAUGCGAGAAUGCCUAAAAUCGAGGCAAGAUGACGAUAAGGAUGCACAACAAGGUGUUCCCUUAAAGACUGAGUUCUGCAAAACUGGUGUGCCUCCUUCCCAUCCCCACCCAACCAUGGUAUUGGAUCUUGAACAGGAACAGCUUACUAUCAGUGCCCUGAAAGAGCUGGGCAGCAGUCAAGAAGAGGAGGAGGAAAUGGUGUCUCUGCAGUCAGCAGUUGCUGACCAGGACAAAGUUAACCCCAAUGCAACAUCUAUACAACAGUCUUCCUUUUCUUCAAUUCCUACUCCUCAGUGUUCUCAAAGCAACCUUGUGUUUGACAGCGCUUAUUCCAAAGAGGUUGAAGCCAUCAACGAAUUGGUGGCUGAAGCUUAUCAUCUUGCUGAGCAUGUCUUGACAGCAAUACUAACUCACUUAUCAGUGAAGGAUCUGAUACACUGGCGAGACCCCAAGAAGUCGGGCUUGGUGUUCGGCCUGUCCAUGCUGCUGCUGCUGUCGCUGGCAGCCUUCAGCGUUAUCAGCGUCAUCUCCUACCUGCUGCUGGCCCUGCUCUGUGUCACCAUCACCUUCCGCAUCUACAAGUCUGUUGUCCAGGCCGUGCAGAAGUCCAGCGAUGGGCACCCCUUCAAAGCACUGAUGGAUAAGGAUGUCAGCAUCCCCCCAGAGACUUUCCGCAAGCACGUGGACACCAGUCUGACCUACAUCAACCGAGCCCUGAAGCAGAUGAGCCGCCUCUUCCUGGUUGAGGACCUCGUGGACUCCCUGAAGCUGGCUGUGGUCAUGUGGCUGUUCACCUACGUAGGAGCUGUCUUCAAUGGAAUCACCAUUCUCAUCCUGGCUGACAUCCUCCUCUUCGCUGUGCCGCCAGUGUAUGAGAAGAACAAGACCCAGAUUGAUCAGUACAUUGACCUGGCACGUACUCAAGUCAACACCACAAUGGCCAAGUUGCAAGAGAAACUUCCCGGAGCUAUGAAGCGCAGCAAAACUGAAUGAUCACCCCCCCAAUAGGAAUCCUUCAUGUCACCAUCAUUUUCAUGUCCAUCACCAUCUUAAACUUCUCCUCCCCCUCUCCAGAUGACCCCCACCCCCAGUCUAACUCCUCCUCCCUACUCCAUCUACCAUCAGCACCCUACUACACUGAACCUUGCUAGGUAGAAAAUCUGAGCUACUCGAUAUUCAAUGUAAAACUACUGCGCAGCUUAACUUGCAAGCAUUAAAAAGAACUGUGCCUGUGCAGACAGGAAGCACGUCGCUAGUGAGGAAGUGAUGUAACGCCGCGGCGGACCCCUACUGUCUGUGAGCACACAGGGGAAUGGAGGCAGGGUUGAGUGAACUAGACUGAAUUCUAUGACCUGGUUUCAUCGUGUACAGCGAGCAGGGGUUGGAUGAUGGCUGUUGUGUCACAAAAAAGCAAAUGUCUGUAACCACAUUUCCUUCAAGAUAAACACAUGAUUAAAGCUGGAAAUGGUAAAGGUAAAAAUUUAAAAACAAAAUAAAAAAGGGAAUCAAACCAACCUUUUGGGUGUUAUUGUGGCUAGUCUUCUCCUGCUCUCUUGCUCUGCAGCUGUUGUAUGGAUAGAUAUGAGUUCAUGUUAAGAAGCUGGUAGUGGGUUUGCUGUUACUGAGCGGCCUGUGGCCUGUUAAUGAGUUUAUUUCCAUUCACCAUACAGGCACUUGUUUUUAUAAGUUUCUGCAAUGCACUGAACUUUUUUUUUUUUUAAAGCCAAGAGCAGGUCGAAGUGAAAGGAUUGGAACACUGAACCAGCUGUGAUAAUUUGGUCUAGUUCACCCUUUUUUGAUCAGAUGCAUUUUUUGAACAGUUUUCUGUAUGUAAAUACACCUUAAGACAAGUACAGGCUCUCUCUGCUGUAUGGAACAUGUUAGCCUCGCUUUUUAUAUCAAAGAAGUUCCCUCACUUACAGCAGUCCUAACUCCUUUUGUUGCACCUGUUAAAGCCACAAAGUGUUGAGGUCUCACGUUCACUUGUAAAUUUAGAUUCUUCUCAUCACUACUUAUUACUAUUAUUGAUAUUAAUCAUAGGAUGGCUGCUUUGACUCCCUACUAGCUUGACAACAGCAUUGUAAGAGUUAUGUUAAGUGUCAUAAUUUUAAACUGGAGGUCUUUCAGAGUCCUCCUGAGAAAUAAUUCCUGAUUGUUUGAUAGGUUAAGAGAAACGCCCUCUGAUGUGUUUUCACACCCUUAAAUCUCAAUAUGGCCUCCCAGCUCACUGUUGAUGUUUUGAGGAAAUCAACAACUGAGUGGAGUUGAGUUAUAAAAAAAAUUAAGGAGUCCAGAGUGUACCACAAAAAUAGACCACAUAAAGGCCCACUUUAUAAUAUAGUUUUUUUGAAGGUUUGAAUUUAGUUAAGUAUUCCAGAUAAAGCUUGUAAAGCAGGCUGGAUAUUUUUCUGUUACUCGGAAGGUAAAGAAUGAACUUUGCACAUCAUUUAAUUUGGAUUAAUUGAUAAAUGAAAAAUCUUUACAUUUUCUGUUUGCGUAUACUCUUCUUCUAGAUUCAGUACAUGUAAUUUAAUUUGAAGAUUGAAUCACAAACUUUUUUUUGUUUGGGUUGCCAAAGUGUUGCUGAUGUUGGUGGAACGGUAUCAACUCAUUACAUUUAUAUACUGAGUCUAUGACCAUAAUUCUGGCACAUUUUAGACUCCAUACAAACCCCAACAUUGACCUGUGAGAACAUUUAGAGAUUGGGGUUCGGUGUAACAAAGCUCGGAGAUGCGUUUUUGAGUAAAGGGUGUAGCUGGGGAAUAUGGAAGCAGUUUUGGGAGUGGAUAUUAAUGAGCUCUGUUUGUCACUUUGUUCUUUUUCUUUGACUGCCAUGAAGUGCAUGUCAUAGUGUAAGCUGGAAACAGAUUCUCACUCUUUAUAUAGGCUGUAUCAUAUUCUUGACCCUGACUUUUUGUUUAAUAUGAUUAUUACUCGUGAUUGUUUAAUGGUGUUUUUGAACUCCGUAAAAACCAUAGUCAUCUGUUAGUACUACUGUUUCGUCUCCAUAUUGUUUAAAGGGAUGAUUAUAUAGAAGGAAAUGAAAUGACAAGUAUGUUAGUGUUGCUGUUCACUUCAUUGUGCCCCUAAAUUAAGUUUGCACGGAGUAAAUGUCCCCUUAAUACUGAAUGGCCAACAGUGAAGAUCACCCUUUUCUUUGUCUCUCAAUGCAGUAACCACUCAAAGUACAACUACUCAGAUAUCUGCCUGUGUGCUGAAUGUUUUCUCUAGUGGAACAUUCCUCCCCAUGCAUGCCCUUCACUGUGUGUCGUCUCAAAGAUGUCUUGGUUGGCCAAUGAUGCAUGGUGGUCUCAGAGACUGUUAAAGCCAGAAUAUGCAACAGUUCUGCAGCAGGUUAUGGCCCUGACCCUUGGCACUCAUGUUGAUGAAAGAGGGUGGGAUGGGGUGAAUAUAGACACUGAUGAUAUUAUUAUACAUCCUGUUUAUUUGAGAGUCCGACUAAUAUUCAUUUUUUAAUAAUUGGUCUAAAAUGACAUCAGUGCACUGAAACAAACAGAAAUUAGGAGUAAAAAAAAUGUAAUAUAAUCUCUAAAACAAAAAUCCUAUCACUGCAUAUAGUGCACUGUAUAUGCCAAUUCUGAUAUCUCAUUGACUGAUAAAUUAUUUUGGCAGUUUACAAUGUAUCUGUCAGGUUCUAGUUUAUUUAUUUGAAUGGGGAGACGUUGCAUAUUGUAUCUUUAAAAGUCUAAGCUGUCAUUUUCAACAGUGAAGUUGACACAAGCAACUGGAACAUGUGUCUAUUGAAUGUUUGGUUUACAUGAGUUCAUUUUAUCUCAAGGAUCAGUUCAACCAAAUUACAAGACAACAUGUGGAACCCUGGCUUUAAAUGCCAGGGUUUUGGGAUUUCUUCCUCCAACCCAGCAGACUGUCACGUGUGCAGCUCACAGAAUUGGAAGAACAAAUUUUCAAAAAUGGUGAUUAUUUCUUCAAAAGAAUGUGGUUCCGAGACAAAAUGUUCAGUUAGCAGCACAAACUAAAUGGCAGGUAAAAAAAAAACAAGUUGUUUUUUACAAAUGUAAAAUAUAUUUCUUUGAAUUCAGGAGGAGUUAAGUGGAACCGAACCUGCCUGUCCCGAGGGGUUGAGACAUUUGUUUGUAUUUUAGUUGAACUGAGUCUUUAACGUUCAACCAGCUGAACCUCAGCCCAGACAUGUUGUGCCGUUAACAUGCUCUCCAUAUGCACAAUACUUUUUAAGUGAAACUUUAGUUGAGGAAAGGCCAUGUGACCUGUGUUAGUGUGCUACCAAGGCUAAAUAGAUGACUUCUUCUCAGAAUCCUAGUCUGCUUCUUUCUUUAGAGUGUAAUAUAUAAUAUGAAUAAACCUCAGCAUAUAUUUUCUCCUGUUCCCUCACAGCAUGUUGCUUUUCUCCUCUUCCUGUUUUGUCCCUGUGUUUUCAUUGGUAUGGGAGUGUGUGGCAGGAGUGUGUUUGACUUUUUUUUUUUUUUUUGGUCUCUGGCGAGUCUUGUUUUGCUUUUGACUCUACUGGUAUCUAGACAUUGUUCACUAACAUCAGCUCUGUUUUGUAUUAGCUAUGACUUUGGUUCCAAUUUUUUGAAGCUUUGGGAAAGAUGUUGCAGGAAAAAAAAAAUAAAACAGAAAAAAAGUAUGUGGUCUCUGUACUGAUGUCAAAGUGAAAUUAAUAAAAACACGUCAAAGGA